AUGGCCAUCUCACUUCUGUCCACUCCCACUUACUGGAUACUCAACCUCGCGCUGUGCGUGCUCUACCCUGGCUACAAGACCUUUACACACCUCUACCACGGGCUCUUGUCCAGCGAUGAGGACGCCAACACGGAGGACCCGCGCACGAACUGCGGCCUUUUCGCCCACCACAUCCUCUACUGGACGAUUUUCUUCCUCUUCCUGAAGCUGGAGACCUACUUCCUGGUCUACCUCAUCCCCUACUUCCCGAUGUUCUACGAACUCAAGCUGCUCGGCUUCUACUGGCUCUCAUCUUACGAGUUCAAGGGCGCGGGGUACCUGUUCCACCGCUUCAUGAUGAAGCAUAUGCUGCACACGAGCAGGCUGAUCCAGCAGGAGCUGGACACCAAGCUGACCCCGAGCCAUCGCAAGAUGAUCAGCGACAUCAGCCGCCACUUGGGCAGCGUGGAGGAUGUACAGUUUGUGAGCGCGGAGUCGUGA